CGUUUGACCCCUACCCGACUGAUGCAUCGCAUCCUAGUCCCCGCCAACCCCGCCGCUCCAAGCGGUCGGCACGAUCGAGCCCGACCCAGCUGGCAUGUUCAGCCCUCCUGUCGCUAAUUCACUUUGGUCUUAGGGCUUGGAGUUUCGCCUAAUGCCGGCCUUGGUCCCAUGGACUGGAUUAUCCUCCCCGAUGUGGGUCAAACUGAGCCGCAUGCACACGGGAAGUUUCAUGGGCCAGCCAGCCACCUUGCGAACCAACCUCCAUUGCCGGGCCAAAACCUUCGUGGAAGUGAUCCGUGGAUGAUCAUGUCAUUACCUCUGGCGGGGUAACCUGCACAUGCAUCAAGAGUCGCUCCACGGCAACGUCUUUGGUGAACCUAGUGCCUUCAGAUGCCUGUCGAGACAGAAAAGGAGCCCGAGCGCUUCAUCCAUACUCACACAUCAGGGCCUGAUCCUACAAUAUCCGUAACAACAUCGUCCCAAUAUGGCCGUCAGGCCAGCUUUGGUUUCCAACAACAUUAUUGAGCAGGGCAUGUUCUCGGCCUGCCUGGUCUUUUCACUAUUCGCGGUCAACUUCUUUUCCUCCGUCUUCUCACUCAUCUUGCAAGUCCUUCUCCUUGUUACCCGCUUGCCCCUCAUCUUCAUUACCAUCGCCGCCUACGGGAUACUACUGCAAUGGUUCCCAAGUGGCUCCGUUGUUAAGAAGCUUGCUUUAUUCAUACUGAUGGGUAUCUCCGGCACGUGGUGGACGGACCUACAAAUCGAUGGCGUUAGACGUGGCUCGGUAGCCCAACAGCCAUCCUGGCGCCUGCCUCAAGGCGGCUCCGUCAUCGUGUCAUCGGCAACUUCUCCUAUCGACGCUGUGUACCUUGCGGCGGCCUUCGAUCCUAUCUUUACUACAUCCUGUCCUGGGACGCGCAAAGUGCGCCGGCUGGGUUUGCUUCAGGCAAUCCUACGCGGGUUUCGACGAAUCGGGGACAAUCCUCUUGGAGACGCUGCCCUUGGGGAGCUGGAGACCUUGCUUGUGGAACACCCAGCGCGAGUCAUUGUGCCUAGUCGCCGUUCCCCUUCCACAAAUGCCUUCCGAGUCAGCAUCCGGUACACGCCGCCGGACGUGACAACACCGGACCAUGGCGGGUGCCUGGCAAUCCUCUGGAACGUGCUCUCCAGUCCUCUGCACCUUAUCCGAGUGCAUAUCGCCGACGACGUGAAUGUCCACACCGCUUUGUCACAGUCACACAAGACGAACAGCGAGCCUGCCAAUUUGGUAGCGCGGCACAACGGAGAUGGUCCGAACCGGAGUUCAAGGUCGAGGGUGACACGCCGACGCACAACUAAACGGCCGCUCAGGGUUCUCGGCGUCAUUAAAGAAUGA